AAAACGCGUGGUGGUGAAAUAAGUCAAGGAAAAACGGGAAAAAUACAGGCGUUGCGGGCCGUUUCUUUGCGUAUCAUGCUCGAAGGGAGCAGCUUUUCCAACAUGCGCCACGCAUUUUUUGGGUGUUAAAUGCUCGUGUAUCUGUCGGUUUUUGCGCGCUUAGCUCUGCGGCGGCAUUAAUACACAUAGACACACACAAACACACACACACACACAUUGUCAUAUACAGGACGAAAUCCAGCCAGGAUAUACAUAUGUGUGUGAGACGCCGCUCCGUUAGUUUUGCGCGCGUGUUGGUCUACCCGCUUUCAGUGUGCAAAUCGUUUAAUUUAUGAGCAAAAUAUAUAUUUUUAUACGCAUUUCUCGUGCAUUCCCGUUUCGUUUUCGUAUUCGGUUCGUUUCGUUUUCGAUUUCUCGUUAAUUUGCCGUUCGCCUUUCGAGCCAAAUUCGUACUUCUGAAUAGCGGCAGGAGCAGCAACAACAAGGAGUUCCAAGUUUCACCUUUCACACACAUACACAUACAGAGACACUCAAACACACACAAACACACAGAGACACAUUCGAGGCCACAGGAUGUCUUUUUGUGUAUCCUAGAGUUAUUUUGAAAGCAGCGCGUGUAGCACAGAAGGAAGGAAUAAAAAAAAAAAAAAAUACAGCAGGAGUUGGUGCAUGCGAGAGAAGCGAAGGAUUCUAUUUAACUCGGAAAAAGUUUCACCGCCUUGGACUUUUUAUGGCUCUUCUUUCGGCCUCCACUCCUUGGCCUUAAUCAACUUUGUUGGACUGCAGCUAAAUUGGCCAAAUUCCAUAAUUGGCUAAAAAUAAAAAAUGAGCAGGAAAAAGUUUCAUGAAAACAAGUUUGAAAGGACUAUACAAAUUUGAGUGUUUUUUAAAGUAUUAAAUUUCAAAGAAAUAUUUUAAUAUAUUUAAACAAUUCCCAAACAAAUUGUGAAAGCUAAAAGCAGGAAAUUUUUUCCAGUUAAAACAAAGAAAAAACCAAUUCUAUGUUUCUUAUGUUUAAAAUAAAAAAAAAAACCCACUUAGGAAUUUCAUCACAUGAUAGUAUUUCAGCACUAUAAGUAUCUCUGCAUUCCUACGAACUUUAAGAGCUUUGGAAUUUUCAUUAUAACGUCUAGAGAUUUCGGCAUAUUUCACCAUUAUUUUAACUUCUUAGACAAGAAAAAUAUUUGAUUAUUUUGCUUUCUGUGAAAGGCAAUCUCGACUAACUAUUUCAUUUUUCUUUCGUCCACUUCAAAUGUUGUCCUUAAAAGUUUUCGCAAAACUCCCAGAGAAAUUGCAAUCCUUAAACUUUUGAUUGCAUACUUUUAGCAGCAGACCGGCAGUAAAAAAAUAUCCAGAUAUUGAUUACAUGAUUUAACCUCUUGAACGUGCAACAUAAAGAAUAAUUUAUUUCUGUCAGCAAGAGAGGGUUUUUUCUAGCGCAAAUCAGGAUAUUUAUGAUUUUUUUUUUCAAAGAAAAGCAUUGUGUGCUUGCAAAAUGUAUAGUGAAAAGAUGAGACAAAGUGCACUAUGUUGAUUAAUAGAUGUGUAAAAGGAGAUUUAAUAUUUAUUAUUUUAAAAUCUUAAUAAAGUUUUCCUGAUUCAACUGACGUCGGCUGGCUAACUACUCGCUAUCUGCAAAAUAUAAGCAAAUUUCAAUUUAAACAAAAUCAAUACCGAAAAUCAACAAACGAAGAUAUCAAAAGAGUGUGGCGCAUAAUUUAAUUUACCAGCGAACAACUACUACCAAGGAAAACGGUCUGCAUAAAUAUAAAUCCCGCGAUAAACCCGCGCCAAAUCCGACUGCAACCAACCAAAAUACAAGCGAUACAAAGUCAACAACAAUUUUUGGAAUUAAUUUUAUUUGAUGCGCGCGCUCAUAAAAAUUUACAUAGAAAACGGCAUAAAAUAAAUACACCCGGCCAGCGAGAACGCGAGCGACAAGAGUGAAUUGGUUAACCAUGGAAAAGGCGUAACUGGCAACUGCUGACCCAGGCCCUAUAACUUUAGAUGAGCGCGCCACUGUGCCACAAUUUCGGUUUACACCUGUCGAAGCUGCCACUCCCACGAGAAACUUUUUCUACCGCAACAAGAAUAACAAAAACCACAACAAGAAAAACAAAUACAAAUACAAAAACAAAAAUCAAAACAAAAACAAAACGAGCAACAACAUCAGUGAUAUGGAACUGUGCAUAGCAACAAAGUCAAAAACGGAAAUCGCUCAGAGUUCAAUGCAGCAAAGCAACUACUAUCAAAAGAAAUGCCACCAAAAUCAAACAAAUACUCAAGUACAGAGCACUCAGCAAAGCAAUUGCAGCAGCCACAGAGAUCGAGACCACCUGACAAAGCAGCAACAAAACCAACGAACAAAUAGUGCAACAGCAACAUCAUCAAAUUUUAAGAGCAACAUCAGCAGCAAGAACAUCAGCAGCAGCAACAUCAGCAGCAGCAGCAACAUAAUCAGCAGUAGCAACAUUAAUAGAAAAGCCAGCAAAAACAGCAGAAAACCCAGUAGGAGCACACAAUUAAACACACUCUAUUCACUGCUGGUGCUUUUGAUAGUCGGCCUUGCCACCGUCAGCGCCUCCCCCAGCCUGCCACAUCCCUCCCCCUUUUCCCUUUCACGCGAGAGCAGGCGCGAUGCUCUUUUGGCCUACUACAAGCGCGCUCACCUGCAACCAAGUAGCGAUGCCUCCGGCGACGCCUCCCUGGGGCACAAGUACCAGUACCAGCACCAGUACGAGAACGAGAAUCAGUAUCACCUGCACCACGAUGCAACCGGCCUUGACUUUGACGAGCUAACGCCCACCGUCAGCGUUGUGUCCGUCCUCAGUCGGGCGGAGCGUUUUCGAUUGCGUAAGCGGAGUGCCACCCCCACAACGCCAGCAACUGUGGCGGCCACGGCGGCAACAUCGCCCGUUGCCGCUGCAACAUCGCCACCUGCCGCAGCAGCACCAUCCAGUGAAGCCAAAAAAACGGAGGAGAAGUGCGAGCCCAAAGUAUUGGAAGCGCUACCCGAUGAGCCGUUUUACGACUACACAGACAUCGCCGAGGAUGCCGCACGCCAGUUCAUUGAAUUUUUAUCGAGUAAAUUCCCAAAUGCCAACACGCCGAUUACCAUCGAUGAGCCGACACGUGCGGAGGUGAGUCGCCGGGCGAAUGGCAUCGCCAGCUAUGCCCUCAACGAGGACGACAAUCUCCUGGCAUUCGCCAUCGCGGCGCCCAGCAUUCACACGGUGGUCGUUAAAUUCAGGGAUAACGUUACGAUACCACCGGAUCAGGUGCACAACAAGGCAUAUUUGGGUUCCUACUGGCGGGAGUUGGGUGCGGCCUGGAACAGCACGGACGGCACUCAGGAGUGGGGGGCACCGUUUCGCGACUGCAACCUGUUGACGCGCCGCUGGCUCUGGCCAUUUCGCAUAUCCUUCAGCGAGCACAGGAUAAAAGUUGUGGCGGCUGCCUUUAUUGCCGCCGACGAGGAUGUGUGCAACGAUGGCCUGGAGGAAGUUUUCGGUCGUCGUCAUGGUUGCGAUCGGAAUACGACUUUCUGCCUGCUCACCGAGAACAAACCCGCCGCCACCAGGGAUGUGUACACCUGUUUGUGCCGCGAAUCCUAUUACCUGCCCAACUCCACGCUCCAGGGAUUCCGAGGCGAUCGCGUAGAGCUGUCCGAGGGAUACGACAACUACUCCUGCAUCCCGUGUCCCGGCGGAUGCUCAAACUGCGACAACAACGGCGUCUGCCUCACCUUCCAGGAGGAGGAGGUGCUCAACGUGGACGCCUGCCUGCGCCUUCUGGUGGCCAUCGUCCUAGGCGCCUGCAUCCUGUGCUGUGUCGUCCUCGGGGUGAUUGUCUUCCGGCAGAGAAAGUGCAAGGCCAUUGCCUCGGGCAUGUGGACAGUGCUGGAAACGAUACUGCUGGGCAUUGUUUUACUUUAUGCAUCCGUUGCCGUCCAUUUCUUUCCCGCCUCCACCGAGCGAUGUCUGCUGGAGCCGUGGCUCCGCGAACUGGGCUUCAUCACCUGCUACGGGGCCAUCAUCCUGAAGCUGUACCGCCAUUUGGUGGACUUUCGCACCCGCAAGGCGCAUCGCUGGGUGCUGCGCGACGUGGAUCUGCUCAAGUACCUGGGCACCAUGGUCUUCGCCGUCAUCUGCUACAUGGCUGCCUUCACGGCCUCGUCGCUGGACCUCCUGGAAAGCGCCCAGCUGGAGAGUCUCAGGGAAGCGGACACGAACACCUGCCACCCGCUCAAAUGGGAGCUGGUCACGCAGACCAGCGAGAUGCUCAUCCUGUGCUUCGGGCUGCACCUGUCCAUCGCCAGUCGGAAUGCCAACACGCAGUUUCGGGAACGGCAAUUUCUGGUGACCGCCCUGACGCUGGAGUUCCUGGUCUCGUCCAGCUUCUACUUUCUGCGCUUUGUCUACCUGCCGGAAAUGAGUCCCAGCGCCAUUCUGCUGGCCCUCUUCAUCCGCUCCCAGCUGACGAACAGCUUCGCCUUGGGUCUGAUUUUUGUGCCAAAGCUGUGGUAUCAGCACAAGCAGGUUCGUUCGCUAGCGUAUGAUCUAUCAAUACGUUUACCUGUGGAUGCUUUCAAGGGUACGUCACACGACGCCGGCCAGCGGCUGGGCGGAGGAUAUGCCGGGCUCUGUCUGGGCGAUCCGGACAUCGGGGAGCUGACCAUAUCCGAAAUGAGUCCCGAGGACAUACGCGCCGAACUUAAAAGACUGUACACUCAACUGGAGAUUAUGAAGAACAAGACUCUGAGGCAGGACAAUCCGCACAUCAGUAAGCGACGUGGCGGACGGAAGGCGGGUCACCGUCGCUUCUCCCUGCAGAAAAAGGGCAGCAAGGAUAAGGCUUUAAGUGCCAAACACCGCAGCAACAAGCAUCAUCAGGACAUCGAGAUCACCGAGGCGGAACCUUCACGAACGCCCGAGGACUCCGUUUGCAGUGCCGAAGGACCCACGGACACCUAUGCGGAAAUAUCGGGCGUAUCCCACUCAAUGCUCUCCCACUCGAUGGUCUCCCACUCCGUUGUCUCGCACUCAAAGUAGGGAACCCAAACUAAGGCGUUCCGAUCGCAGGAUC